CGGUUCGCCUCUGGCGCCAUGGCGACCACGAGCGGACCGAGGUAUCUUUUGACAUUAGGCAGAUGGCGUCUUGGCCUUCGUGUAGCUCCCCAGUCCCGGGUGAGUGCCUACGGUCCCUGCUUUCGGAGAGACUCUGGAUCUCUGAAACAGCUCCGCUCCGAGGAGCGCUCUCGGCAGCCCCUCCCAUAGCGAGCGUCCGCAACCUUCUCUUCUGCCCGACGGUCAGCUUUUCUUUCCCGGCUUGCAGGCUCUCGCUGCCCUUGUGCCUGGCGUAUCCCAAGUGGAUAACAAUUCCGACUUUCUGGGGAAGAGGCCGCAUCGCCGGCACCCCGGCAUCCGGCAGCUGCCACGGGUGCGGCUGCCUCAAGCACUGGCUGACACUGCGCAGUUACUGUUGCUCGGUGAGUAACGGUAGGAAAGGGAGACUCGAGAACAAGCGGAGACUGGGCCUUCAUGCAGCUGAUGCCGCUUUUCAUCUUUGGCGCAUAGAGAACUCGAUGCCCAAUGUGGAGAAGCAGGUGCAAGCACUGACCAAUUAUCUCUGGAGCCGGCAUGUACCCGUAGAGCCAGAGGAGUUGCAAAGGCGGGCUAUACAUCUUGAGAAAAAAUUCCUGGAAAACCCAGACUCAUCUCAGACAGAGGAGAAACUUCGUGGAGCAGUGCUGCAUGCCCUGCGUAAAACUACCUACCACUGGCAAGAACUGAGGUACAGUGAGGGACUGAGCCUGGUGUAUAUGGCAGCAAGACUGGAUGGUGGCUUUGCAGCAGUCUCCAGGGCAUUCCAUGAGAUCCAGACUCAAAUUCCAGAGUUCCAACCACAAACCCUGAUGGAUUUUGGAUCGGGUACUGGGUCUGUCACCUGGGCUGCUCAUAGUAUUUGGGGCCAGAGCAUACGUGAAUAUAUGUGUGUGGACAGUUCGGUUGCCAUGCUGGAUCUGGCAGAAAAGCUACUGAAAGGUGGUUCAGAAUCUGGAGAACCUUAUGUUCCAGGUGUCUUUUAUAGACAGUUUCUACCUGUAUCACCUAAGGUACAAUUCAAUGUGGUGGUCUCAGCCUUUUCCCUGAGUGAACUGCCCAGCAAGGCUGAGCGCGCUGAGGUCGUUCAGACCCUGUGGCGCAAGACAAGUGAUUUUCUGAUACUGGUGGAAAAUGGAACAAAAGCUGGGCACGGCCUUCUCAUGGAAGCCAGGGACCUGGUCCUUAAGGGAAAGGAGAAGUCACCUCUGGAUCCUCAACCUGGUUUUGUCUUUGCCCCAUGUCCUCAUGAACUUCCGUGUCCACAGUUGACAGCCUCUAAGCCCCUAGCCUGUAGCUUUUUCCAGGCUUACCAUCCCAUCCCCUUUAACUGGAACAAGCAGCCAAAGGAGGAAAAGUUCUCGAUGGGGAUCCUUGCCCGAGGGUCUCCAGAGGAGGCUAAUCGCUGUCGCCGGAUCACUCAGCCUGUCCUUAAACGGCCACGCCAUGUGCAUUGUCACCUGUGCUGUCCAGAUGGGCAUAUGCAGCAUGCUGUGAUCACAGCCCGCCGACACGGCAGGGAUUUGUAUCGCUGUGCCCGUGUCAGCUCCUGGGGAGACCUUUUACCUGUGACCACACCAUCUGAGCUUCCUUCGUCCCCUGCUAGAGACUCCCCUGAGAGUUGACAAGGAUGUGUACCAAGAGUUUUCUUCUGUGGUGCUUGCCAAGGCUAGAGCUACCUGGUAUCCAGGAUGGGAGUGCUGGUACCCCUAUGUAUCUGUGUGUGUUUGAAGUUUUAAUAAUUAAAAGUUUUCUAAGAAUGGAAA